UUCUCUACUCUUAAUAUAUAUAUUUCCAUAACAUUACAUAAGAACAAAAAACUCACAUCUAUUACUCAACUUUGGUUCCUUUUAGCCUAUCUCCAACCCAAACAUGUCAGAAGAUAGCCAUAUUAUCCCUCUCGCACCACCAACAACAUAUCCCAAAAGCGAUAAAGAGCUAAAUCUCAGCAGACCGACCAAUUUUUACAAUUACAAAAACAAGAAUAAAAGCAGCAGCAAGUUUUUCGUUUACCUUCUAUCCGCUAUCGUCUUACUAAGCAUAGUCAUGCUAAUUUUCUCAAUGAUAUUUUUCCGUUUCAAGGCUCCAUCUUUCGAGCUAGGUCUCAUCGACGUGAAAAAUCUUCGAUAUAGUAGUAAUUCUUCUUUGCCUUCAUUUAACAUGACCAUGGGAGCUGAAGUUAUUAUUGAUAACGAUAACUUUGGUCGAAUUAAUUUCCAAGAUAGCAGUAUGAGUGUUUUUAUUUACGAUAAUGUCACGAUUGGUUUCGUGAACAUUAACGUUGGUCGAGUAGAAGCUAGAAAGAGUAAGAGAAUGGGAAUUGUAUUACAAGUUGGAGCUAAUGAAUUGAAUCAUAGUCAUGGGAAUUUGAGCAGUGAUUUAAAUUCAAGAAUGGUGAAGUUGAGAAGUGUUGGUGAGUUGAGGGGAAAAGUGAAGGCUAUGAAAAUUGUUAGUCGUUAUAAGACUUCAGUGUUGAAUUGUACAAUGAAUUUAAAUUUGACUAGCCAAGCAAUCCAAGAUCUCCUCUGCAGUUGAUCUUUUUGUUCCUUUGUGUAUAUUUCAGGUUGAUUUUUUUCUUUUUUUUCUUUUUUUUUUAACUCUUGCUUUAUAGGAUUUCUUGUGUAAAAUAUAGAGAGGGCGUACUAAAGGCUGUUCCAUUUUUGCAUUUUUAUUCUUUUUAUUUUAUUUUUCCUCAAAUUCAUAUAUAAUCAAAUAUAGUUGCAUUUUGUUUUAA